GAUUCUGUCCAACAAUAAUUGAGAGCUUCCUUCACAUUAUCCCCUAAUGUCUUCUUGGACCAUUGCAGUUCUCUUAGUAGUGCUUGGAGGGCUCUGGUCUUUAUUGAACCAUUUCUGGCAUGAUCGCCGACUACCGCCGGGACCUUGGGGGUUUCCGGUGCUGGGCAAUCUUCUCAUGUUGGGUGAUCUCCCUCACCGUACCAUCCAUCGAAUGGCCCAGAAAUAUGGAUCCAUUAUGUAUAUCAGGCUAGGCCUUGUGCCAACUGUGGUGGUAUCAUUGGCUCAGGUAGCAGAAUUGUUCCUCAAGACCCAUGACAUCAACUUUGCUAGUCGACCUUACACUAUGGGUGCCCAGUAUAUGUCUUAUGGGAACAAAGGCAUGGCUUUCUCAAAAUACGGUACAUAUUGGCGCAACAUGCGAAAGCUGUGCACCAUAGAGCUGCUAAGUGCAGCAAAAGUUGAUUCAUUCAAGCAGAUGAGAAGGGAAGAGGUGCGCCUCCUUGUUGGAUCUCUUAGGGAGGCUGCCGAAGCUGGUGCAGUGGUUGAUGUGAGUGCCAAGGUGGGAUCCCUGAUUGAAGAUAUGACCUUCCGGAUGCUGAUCGGUAGCAAGGUCGAUAAUUUUCGCCUAAAGUCAGUUGUUGAGGAAUUCUUCAAGCUUCUUGGGGCUUUCAACCUGGCCGAUUUCAUUCCCUAUAUCGGUGCACUUGACCUUCAGGGAUUGGGUCGACGCAUGAAGAAAGUUAGCAAAGUCUUGGAUGAGUUUUUGGAGAAGAUCAUUGAUGAUCACAUAAACAAUCCUAAAGACAGUGAAGACAACAAGGACUUCAUUGAUGUGAUGCUGCUUCUGAUGAUGGAAUCAAAACAUAUGCAUAUUGGAGAAGAAGAACAGAGCUACAUGAUCGAUCGGACUAAUAUAAAAGCAAUCAUUUUAGACAUGAUUGUGGCUGGAAUAGACACAUCAUCUGUCACAAUUGGAUGGGCCCUCUCAGAACUCUUUAGGCAUCCUAAGGUGAUGGAAAAGCUCCAGGAAGAGUUGAGGAGUAAAGUUGGCAUAGAUCAGCUAGUGGAGGAAGAUGACUUAGUUAAGUUUGACUAUUUGGAUAUGGUGGUGAAGGAAGCCAUGAGGCUUCACCCUGUUGCUCCGUUUCUAUUGGCCCAUGAAUCCUUGGAAGACAUAACAAUCAAUGGAUACCAUAUACCCAAGAAUUCUCGUGUGAUUAUAAAUGCUUGGGCAAUUCAUAGGGACCCAAAUGUAUGGUCGACUUGUGAUGAUGCUGAAAAUUUUUUGCCUGAAAGAUUUAUAGGAAGUAAUAUUGACAUCUGUGGACAUGACUUCCAACUUAUCCCAUUUGGAUCAGGUCGUAGAGGAUGUCCUGGUAUGUAUCUAGGCCUAACAACUGUGAAACUAGUACUUGGACAAUUGGUACAUGUUUUUGAUUGGAGGUUUCCCAAUAGCAUGUUACCUGAGGACUUGGACAUGACUGAGAAGUUUGGCAUAACUGUCCCAAGAGCCAACCAUCUACUUGCUGUUCCGAGUUAUUGUCUUCACUACAACAAUUUGUAG